AUGGCCGCCCAGAGGCACGGUUGCGGCGGCGCUGCCUGUCUCCUCGCCUCGUUGCUGGCAGCAACAGCAGCAGGAGCAGCAGCAGCAGCAGGAGCAGGCUACCCUUCUAUGCCUUAUAUAAAUGUGCAGCAAACAAGGACACUGCAACACGGGUACAGUGACCCUCUCAUUAGCGGCAGCGAAUUGUAUUUCUCUCCUACAGCACCAGCAGCAGCAGGGUUCGAGUACCCAAUUCCUGCUGCAGCAGCAGGUCAUAUGUCCGCUGCUGCACCUGGCUCUGCAGCGGCAACAGCAACAGUAGAUGACCCAGCUGCGGCAGCAAUUGCUGCUAUACGAGGCCGCAGACGCCUGCGCAAGUUGCUGCUGCAGUCUGCUGCUCUUCUCUUUGGUGCUUAUUUGCUGCUGAAUAUAACGAGGCGUUCCUCUAAUAAGCAGCAGCAGCAAGAAGGAGGAGCAGCAGAGAAGGGCCCCCAGCAGCGAGCGGCCCCAUCAGCAGCAGAAGCAGAGGGUAAGAGCAGCAAAUCAUCAAAGAGACCACCACCACUACAAACAGCAAAACAAAAGCCAGCAGCAGCAGCAGCAGCAGCAGCAGCAGCAGCAGAUAGGCCCCCCAAGACACCUGGGGGGGCCCGCAGCCCGGGGCUGUCUAGUGCCCCCCGAUUCCAAAGCUGGUUCGGGUCUAAGCCUCCUCCUGAUUAUCCUCCUCCUCCUGCUCCUGGUCCGUCUGCUGCUGCUAGGAGUGCAGCAGGACAGAGAAGCAGUGCUGCAGCAGCAGCAAGCAGGAACUAA